GACGCGGCGCCAUGUGUAGUUUUGCAGAAAGACAGGCCGCCCGACCGGUUUGGCGAGAUGUCUUGACGAUCACGUCGCCGAGAAGCUAACGUCACUCGCUGCUACAACACUCGGAAGGCUUCGAAGCUUCUAUGUCUCCGAGCACAUUGCUUGCUUCCCCCCCUCCAUGAGCCUGCUUGAUCGCGAUGGAAUUUGCUUGUGAUUAUGUUUACGUACCUCCAUUGGUGGUUCCAAAGGACAACCAACAAGUCUUCAAACGCUCAGCGCUUCUACCUCCCGUCAACUGGACUCGGCCUCUCAGAGCGCCCCCUCCGCCGCCCGUCGAGGUCAAGGUCAGCAAGAAGCCGGAGAAGAGCAAAGCGAAGGAGCGGGCGGUGUCGAAGUCCAUUUUCUAUGACAACGCUGAUGUUGGGGAAAAAUCGAAGCAGAUAACGCCCACCCGCAAGACAGCUUUACUUCCACCUCACCUGAGACCGGCGGCAGGCAGCCGCUCGCCUUCUCCCAGCGAGCGACAUCUUUACGACAACGAAGACGAUUCAGAGUCAUCUCGGUACGCAGACAGCUCGCCAAGUGCACCAGAAGGUGCCGGGCUCGAUGGAAACUCCCCUGGCUUGGCGAUACCUUCCGCCCCUUGUCUUCCACCUCGUCCUUCCUUCAUGAACAUGCCGGAGUAUUUGGUGCUUCUGCCUGAAUCUUGCCCCAGUGAAAAACCGCUUCUGUGCCCCCCGCCAGUUACCCCACCUCCAGCAUCCACGGAAAACAACGACUCACUGCCGGGAAACCCCAACGUGAUCCUUGUCAGUUUGGGAAAGCUGCUCUCGGAAAAAGUGGAGCACACCCAAGAGAAACUCAGAUCCUGCACUCAGUGUGGCUCGGUGCUGGAGUCCAUCUACGACAACGUGAUGAACAGUUGUUACUUCUGCGAGCCGCCUGAGCAACGCAGCACCCCGAGCACCGGCUUGCAGCACGGCCUGUUCUUGCUGAACCCGGCCGAUAAACUCCAGAGCGCCUCGCAGCCUCUGCUCAUCUUCUGCAUCGACAUCUCGGCCUCCAUGAGCAUCACCUCCCAGGUGUUGGGAGGAGAGGAGUGUAUCCACAGAUCACGCCUGGAGUUUGUCCAGGAAGCUGUUUUGCUUUGUGUUAAUAAGCUGCGCAAACAACAGUCUGACACACCCGUGGGGCUCAUCACCUUCAACUAUGAGGUGACAGUACACGGAUACGGAGAUUUCCCAUCAAAUGUCCUGAGUGGGGAUGACCUGAUGGACAGCGAGCAUCUAAAAGCGGCCGCGUCUUUGUUCACCACUCCGCCGCCGCUGUCAUACACCAAGAACUUCCUGGAACAACAAGUCAAGGAGUUGUCUGCAGUGGGCACUACAGCGUUGGGCCCAGCAGCUCUCGUCGCCAUCACAAUGGCCUCCAGACACCCGGGCUCCAAGGUGAUCAUCUGCACAGACGGGAAGGCCAAUACGACGUUAGGCAAUCUGGAGGUGGACGACAACGAUGCACGCGCUCUCCUCUCAUCCACCAUCUUCUACCAAGAACUGGGGGAAGAUGCAGCCAAUCAGGGCGUGACCGUGUCAGUGCUCUCGAUAGAGGGAACCGAGUGCAGGCUGGAUGAGCUGGGUCGACUCGCCGAUCGAACGGGAGGAAAAGUGGUGAUCACAAAUCCCAAGAUGCUCCAAUCCGAGUUUGAGCAGAUCAUUGAGAACACCACCAUAGCCACCAAGUGCACCGUCACCUUGAUUCUGCCCAAACCAAUGCGAAUGAGAGGAGAGAAGGAGGCGGCACACAAAGCGCUCCGAAAUGUGGGGAACGUGCACCCGGAAGAAGAGAUCACUUUCCAAUUCGUGGCUAGUGAGACAGAAGCGUCCUCCGUGUCCGUCCAGCUGCAACUCCAAUACACGCAGAAGAACGGCCAGAUGAUGCUGCGAGUGUUCACCAUGACCCGACGCGUCACGAGUGAAAGAUUGGUGGUGCUGUCCUCUCUUUCGCUGCCCAUCAUUCAGCUCAACUCCUCACAGGCCAGCGCCGCUCUGGCCGUCCGAGGGCGCUUCCUGGACGCUCGGCGGGAAAGCGAGCAGCAGAAGAAGCUCAUUGAGAAAGUGAUAGAGCACAACCGCAGCGCCGAGGACAGACAGACAUACAAAGAAUGGGUCAGCACCAUGGAGCCGAUAUACAACAACAUCCAUAACUUCACCAGGGCCAAAUCUGUCGUCUCUGACUCACAGUCUCUGACAGAUGCUGGUGCAGCGUUGCUGUACACCAUGAAGCAGAGCAAUAGGAAGACCGUCAUGAUCAAGAAUGAUCAGAACCUUCGCUUUUUAAAGCAGUCCAAAUACUGAAAGGCACGCUAACGGCUCAAUGAGGACACUUUGGACACCUUGUCAGGUGUGGUCGAUGACGUCAAGCAAAUGCUUUCUGCCAGGAGUGAGUUGACGGAAAAAGUGCAUUUUUCUAGCCCAGUAAAUGACAAUCUUGAUUUUAAAGAGGAAAUCAAGCCGUAAUGGAGAAAGAAAAGGUAGCACAACAUACUCAGAGCUGCUUGAAAAACAUUCAUUUUAUUGUCAGUUUUGGUCACUUCUUAGAUUUUUUUAUUUUUGCACAUCACGUUUUAUGAGAAAACUGGUGACAAUGUCAGUCCAACUGUCCAUUUACCAAAAAUUGAACAAUUAAGGUAGCAUGAUGCCCAAGAAGAGCUGUCUUUUUUGCAUGCUUGUCUGCUUCGACUAAACCAAAUAAUUGUGCCUUUGCAUUAAAUAACCCUCAAUUCCCA